GUGCUCGUGUGCAGAAGUAGUGAGGGGCCGAGCCAUAGCCUCGGGCAUGGCGGAGACCCUGAGCCCCUGCCCCCCACGGCAGCAGUGUCAGGCCAACCUUGGUGCCAACACGUCGUCAGCUAAUGUGGACACCAACGUCUCCUCGGCUGCCUCCGCACUGGUGGGCAGCAGCACGUGGAGGGCACGGGAGCCCUACUCCAUCUUCACUAUCCUCAUCUUGACGCUGCUGGUGCUCCUGACCGUGGCCACCUUCCUCUGGAACCUGCUGGUGCUGGUGACCAUCCUGCGAGUGAAGGCUUUCCACCGGGUGCCCCACAACCUCGUGGCUUCCACAGCGGUGUCAGACGUGCUGGUGGCGGCACUGGUGAUGCCGCUGAGCUUGGUGAAGGAGCUGUCGGCUGGGCGGCGGUGGCGGCUGGGCCGGGAGCUGUGCCUCGUGUGGGUCUGCUUUGAUGUCAUGUGCUGCACAGCCAGCAUCUGGAACGUCACCGCCAUCGCCCUGGACCGCUACUGGUCCAUCACCCGCCACCUGGAAUACACACUGCUCACCCGCCGCCGCAUCUCCAACAUCAUGAUUGCUCUUACCUGGGCACUCUCUGCUGCCAUCUCCCUUGCUCCCCUCUUUGGCUGGGGGGAGACCUACAGCCCUGAGCAGGAGCUUUGUCAGGUCAGCCAGGAGCCAUCAUAUACCAUCGUCUCCACUGGUGGGGCAUUCUAUCUGCCCCUCUGCGUGGUGCUCUUUGUCUACUGGAAAAUCUAUAAGGCAGCCAAGUUCCGCGUGGGAGGCCGCAGGAGCAACGCCGUGAUGCCCCUGCCCAAGACUGCCCAGGUGAAGGAAGUUUCGCGUGAACCACAGAUGGUGUUUACAGCUCGUCAUGCAGCUAUCACUUUCCAGACAGAUGGAGAAACGUGGAGAGAACAAAAAGAGAAAAAGGCAGCUCUGAUGGUUGGCAUCUUAAUUGGAGUUUUUGUACUGUGCUGGAUCCCUUUUUUCAUCACGGAACUAAUAAGUCCUCUCUGUUCCUGCAACAUCCCACCCGUCUGGAAAAGCAUCUUUCUUUGGCUUGGCUACUCCAAUUCUUUCUUUAAUCCUCUCAUUUAUACAGCAUUUAACAAAAAUUACAACAAUGCCUUCAAGAACCUUUUUGUGAAGCAGAGAUAAAAGGGCACAUGGUGGAGGAAACGAUUCCUUUAUUGCAUAACACAGAGUUCUCGAAGGAAACAUGCCUGUGGUAUUCAGAGUUUUCAUGCGUGAGAGCUACUUGAGGGGAUUUCAGAAGAGUGAAAGAAGAUGGAUGAUGUUUGGAUACAAACCUUUUGGACAGUUUACAGUUGCCCCUUGGAAAGACAUAUGCUGCUCCAGUGCUUGGCAAAGAAGGAUGAAGCAGUGAAGACCUCCCGUCUGCUCUUCGAAUCAAUAUGUGUUAAGGUCUGCAAGUGAAGCACUGCAUGUGUCCAAUACCAUGACUGUCAAAUCUUAACUGGACUGAUCUCAUCUAACAGCUACGAGUGCCAUUCUGUAGUCCUCUCAUCGUUAGCAAAGGCACCGGUGGGAACUGCUAAUUGAGCUAUAGUGAAAUGUUUGUGAGGUGGGCAGGAUGCUGGCUUCCUUUUGGAGAUUUAUUUGGAAGGGAAUAAACAUGCUGUAUUCAAUCAGUGUUUGAACUGACAUGAAAUUAAAAUGGAUGACUAAGCAGCUCAGAACCAUGCCCUGGUAUGAUUGAAGGGCUGCAUGUUCUCUAGCAAGCAGCAGUUCUUGAUGGGAAGUCUUGGUGAAAUACAGGUCUGUUAUGCCCCCUGGGGUUAAGUGACAUUUUAGAGCCAAGUGUAAAAUUAUUCGGAGCUACUGACAACGUGCUCACAUCACUUGCAUGGGAGGAGGAUACAGUGUGGAGUUCUCACUUGCAUUGUACUCUCUCACUCUGCAGGGCUCAGGCUCUUCCUGUUUUCUGAAACCCAGGUGAGCUCAAGAUGGACACCUGACACCUCCAAGUGAAGGGGGCCUGUCUGCAUUAUUUUUGUCAUGCUGCCAUAAACACUCAUUUGUUUUGCAAACUCCAAACAUAUUGUAUUCAAUCACAGGUUUGCUGGCAGCAGCACCUGUCUGCUUAGCUGUGGUAGGCCAGUACCUGCACUGUGUUGUCAGAGGUCCUUGCAUCACAACUGUAUUCAUCAUCUCACCUGAGUGAAGUCCACAAUCUGUCAGCUUACAUCAGCAUCCUCUUACUGUAAGAGAGUCUAAGUGACUCCAGAAACUCUCAAUUUACUCAACAGCAAUCCUUAAAUCGUUUUCCCAAGACCUAACAAACAUAUCCCCCCUGUCCCAGCAAUACAAAUAUAAAUAAGACAAGUAUUUCCAUGCAUACUGCCAAAUCUCUCUCUAUCCAUAUUGCUCUAGUGUGUUUUUACUUCCUUCCCUUCCCCGAAGAGGGAUGCUGAGAGCAUCUCUUGAGUAUUUUUAGCUUGGCAGCCUUUUACUGACAACAGAGUCCCAGCACCCUCUCCUAUCACCUCCUAAUACUAAUUUCAAUACUGUAAGGGCAAAACAGCAUAGCUGCAAUGGGGCUGGACAACAUCACAGCUCCUUCUGAAGCUGAGGUUUCAUGUUUUACACUCCUUUUCUCUGCC